AUGUGGUCGAGCUCCCCUCUAAAUGGCGUCAAGGUCGUCGAGCUAGCUGGACUAGCACCAGGACCCUUUGCCGGACUGCUUCUCGCCGACUACGGCGCCUCUGUUCUUCGCAUCGACCGGCUCCCUGGCCAAACCACCGCACCUGCGGCCGACAAGCUGACUCGGCACAAGUCAUCUAUUUGUCUUGAUCUAAAGGACUCGAGGUCGCGGGAUCUUUUGCUAUCCAUCCUCGCCAAGGCCGACGUUCUCAUCGACCCGUUUCGACCAGGCGUGCUGGAGCGUCUGGGUCUUUCGCCUACCGAUGUUCUUCUUAAAGCGAACCCGCGACUCAUCGUCGGUCGCAUGACUGGAUUUCGGCGCGAUGGGAAGUACAAGGAUAUGGCCGGUCACGAUAUCAACUACAUUGCCGUCUCGGGUGUUCUCUCGAUGCUUGGCCGUAGCAACGACCGUCCGUAUUCACCGGGCAACUUACUGGGGGAUUUCGCCGGCGGCGGCGCAAUAUGUUUUUUGGGUAUUUUACUCGCACUGAUCUCGCGCCAAGCCACGGGCAAGGGCCAAGUGGUAGAGGCGAACAUGGUGGAUGGAUCGGCGUAUCUGGCGACUAUGCCACGACUGGGGAUGAAAUCGCCCACAUGGAACGAGCCACGAGGAGAAAAUCUGCUCGACGGAGGAUGUCCCUUUUACGAUACCUACGAGACCAAGGAUGCUGGCAAGUACUUUGCGGUGGGCGCACUGGAACCACAGUUCUACGUCGCCCUCUUGCACGGCUUGGGCCUAAAGAAAGACGAAAUCCCGGGGCGCGACGACCGCGACAACUGGCCGGCCCUGCGCGAAAUCUUCACCAAGCGGUUCAAAGAAAAGACGCGCGCUGAAUGGGAGGCGAUCUUCGAUGGGACGGAUGCGUGCGCAACGCCGGUCUUGGAGCAAGCUGAGCUGGAGGCGAGCGGCCACGAGCAGCGAUUGGCUGUCGAUUUGGUUGGCACUCCCGGCAAGUCAUUUACAGCGGACAAUGCAGGCUGGACUGGUGGUGGACUGUUUCCUGGUGACGGGGGUGAGGCGACUCUUAAAGAGUGGUUUGGAUGGACCAAGGGCCGUGAAUACGAUGAUAGCAAGGGUGUUCUAGUCAAGUCCAAGGGGGGUUCACGGCUUUGA